UCGUCAAGAGUGAUUUUAUGUCGUACAUUUUCUACCACUAAUAAAGUUUUACAAAGACGACGACCUGGCAGUGGCGCAAAACGUGAAAAGAAUGAGUUUGACCUCGAGACAUUGAACGAGUAUCGUUUCGAUGGCAUGUCUAAACCAGGAUAUGAUAUACUAUUGGCGCAAAGCGAGAUUCGAAAGUAUCUUCGAAAAGCAGAAUAUGAAUUACCGCAACUUACAAAGUUUGCAGAACCUUUUAAACCUCCAAGUCCUGACAAAAUUUUAUGCUUUAAGACAAUGUAUUAUAUUGGGGAAGAACAUCCUUUACAAAAUAAAGUUAUUAUGACUGUUAAAGAGAAAGAUUUACCAUUAUUAACAAAGGAACAAUUACAUAAAUUUAAGGUUUUAUGUGGACCGAGGUUUGAUGGUAAAGGUGAAUUUAAAUUUUCAUGUGAAAAAUUUCCUCAUCAGGCUCAAAAUAAAAAAUAUUUAAGUGAUCUGAUGGACCGACUUUUAGAGGAAGCCAGGAAUGAUAAAGAAACUUUUGCUGAUAUUCCUGUAGAUCUUAGACAUGUUAAAACGAAAAAAACGCAUCCAUUCCCUAGAGAAUGGUUACGUCAGCCCAAAGUUAAUAAUGCUAGUAGUACGAGUUUGAUUACUGAUACGGUAGUUUCUGAUGAUGAUUCAUCAAUCAAAGAAGAAACACCAAUAUAUGAAACUAUAAAAGUAAAUUCUCAAAAUUCUCAGUAA